GAGUGAGAACAUAAGACAGAAAGGCAACGGACGAUCACAAAGAGAGUAGAAAAGGAGAACAAGAGUAGCGAGGGACCAGAGGAGACGAGUGAGAGAGACAGAGCAGGACAAUCCGAAGCUCAAAAUGCCUCCCAACUUCGCCGGCACCUGGAAAAUGAAGAGCAGUGAGAAUUUCGAUGAACUUCUGAAAGCUCUCGGUGUGAACGCUAUGCUCCGAAAAGUGGCCGGCGCUGCUGCAGCCAAACCACACGUGGAGAUCCGACAGGAUGGAGAGCAGUUCUACAUCAAGACCUCCACCUCGGUACGCACCACUGAAAUUAACUUCCGCAUCGGAGAGGAGUUUGACGAAGAGACGGUGGACGGCAGGAAGUGUAAGAGUUUGGCCAUGUGGGAGACCGAGAAUAAAAUGUACUGCAAACAGAAGCUGGUGGAUCAAGACGGACCCGUUACAUACUGGAGUAGAGAGCUGCGUGGAGACGAACUGAUCCUGAUCUUUGGGGCCGACGACGUGGUUUGCACGAGGAUUUACGUACGAGAAUGAGAUGAAGUAGAGACAGCGACCUUGAAAAAACGCAACCAAACAGCCCCGCAUCCUGAGAAACCUUCUGUCUAGAAAAACCAGAGCCCUUCAUUGCAUGUCAGGCAGUGAACAUGCAUUCGUGCAGUGCAUUGUGGGAUUUCAUUAUUCGUCACUCUGUUUGUUUCUCUCUCUUUGUCCGUUUCUGACACAGAUAUGUGUAUUGCAAACAAAAACAGUAAUAAAAAUGGAAACGAACAUCA